AUGCGUGUGUCGGUUCUGAACGAUUGCCUAAACAACAUCCUCAACGCUGAAAGGCGAGGAAAGCGCCAGGUCCUUAUCCGACCCAGCUCAAAAGUUAUCAUCCGCUUCUUGACUGUCAUGCAAAAACAUGGCUACAUUGAUGAAUUCGAAUACAUCGAUGACCACCGAUCUGGAAAGAUCGUCGUCCAACUGAAUGGUCGUAUCAACAAGUGCGGUGUCGUUUCCCCCCGAUUCAACGUCCCUCUCGACCAAAUCGAAAACUGGGUCGACCGACUCAUGCCUGCCCGUUCCUUCGGAAUCAUCAUCCUGACGACCUCGGCCGGUAUCAUGGACCACGAAGAGGCCCGUCGGAAGCACGUCGCUGGCAAGAUCCUUGGAUACGUCUUUUAGAUUACCGGAGCUCUCCCAGACUACCACUCCAUGCUUGCACAUUCGACAUCCCGUAAAAGGUUCUCCCCGACCAGC